AUGAAAAAGCAACAGAGUAAAAUGAUUUUCUACUUUCUUUUUCUUCAGUGCCAAAGUGUUGAUAGUGUAGUGGUGUUGCCAGGUGGAGGAACUGCCAAACCAGAGUACGAAUUGCAGCUAAAUAUUGUCAGGCGCAUGGAAGAUUUUAAUACGAUGAAAAGUGACGUGUGCUUGGCUACAGAGUCAAAUUUGGAAAAUGCCAACCUGAAGAUGGAUAAAGCAAACAACUGUGCCCCAUGUAUUUUAGAUGUUGAUAUUGAGAAAGGAAAGUCAGAAAACCCUAAUCCCAAUGACGAUUCUGUUGAUCAUCUGAAGACUAAUGAUUGCUUUGCAAGAAACUUACAGAGAGAGAUUAGCUUACUAAUGGGAGGAAAAUUCACGCAGAUGAACAAUAACUCUGAGUUACCCAAGUUCACUUCCAGAGAUAAGUUUUUGACUGAGAGAGUUUAUGAUACACUUACUAACAGAUCAAGGAAAUACAAGCGAUCCACCUCCUUCAAUUCAAGGAGAGUAGUUCUUCUGUUCUCAGUCUUGUCGAUCAUGGGAACAAUAGUCCUAAUAUAUCUGACUCUGCGGAUGUGGCUGAUUGGUGAUAGGUCUGGUAAUGUUUGA